CACUGACCCUGUAAAUCUGGUUUCAUUCCAGGCUCAAGCUUCUCUCAGAACGGUGAAGUUGCCGGUGGAGUUCCUCGCGUCGUUCCCUCCGUUUCGUAAUUAGUUCGCGCGUCGAUUCGCCUGAAAAUUUUAUUCAUCUCUUUGAGGAAUUCUUCGAAUAUUUUUACGAGCCGAACGCGCGCGGUUGAUCUCCCUUCGAAUUCGAGUCGUCCGAUUUUUCCUCCUCGAUCCUCGACCGCGAUAAGAUUCUUGAGUUUCGGACCAUGAGGGUCCUCCUGAUUUUCGCGCUCACGUUAGCCGCCGGUAUAGCCGUAGCCGACGCGUUCGGCAACGAUGACUUCGGCGAUUUGUUUCGAGACGAGUUCGACGACCUGGUCGGUAGAGUGAGGCGGUCUCUGUCGAAGGAAAAAAAUGGAGUGCGAGACGGAGCGUCGGGAUCUCAAGGUCAAUCGGAUGGGGUCACACCGACGAGUGAUAAAAAAAAGAAAACUCGACGUUCCUGUUGCGGUGAAAAUGACGACCUCAAACUACUGUGGGGCGACGAAGUGAAGGACAUUAAAAAGGAGUGCUUCGAGCAGGCGAGAAAAGCGACCGAAGUGACCAAAAAAGCCAGGAUGAUGGAGGAAUACGAAGGAUUCAUCCACGGCAACAGGACCAAGGACGAGUAUAUCUGUGCGAUCCAAUGUAUUGGUCAAAAAAGAGAAGUGCUAGACAGAAUGGGAAACGUACACAAGGAAAAUAUGGAGAAGUUUGUGAGAAAAACUUACUCGUCCGAGCCCUGGAAAGCGGAAAUUGCGGACACCGUCUUAGAAAAAUGUUUUUCAGAAACUCAAAAACCAAGCGAAGGUGAGGUUUCCACCGAUACCGGAGCAGUAACGAACGGAAGGUCGAUUCAAGCGAAAUGCAAUUCAAACGGAAUCGCAUUCAUACAUUGUUUAUGGCGUGAGAUGCAAUUGAACUGCCCAGCUGACAAAAUUCGAGACAGUCGAAAAUGCAACAGACUUCGAGAAAAACUGCGUCUCCGUGAAUCCGGUGUCAAGGAUGGAACCAUACGUAGUCUUUUUUAAACGUUAAUUUAUUCAUCAUUUCGAGGAGAAAUUAUAUAGCAUGUAAUAUCACGUUUUAGUAUUAUUUAAUUGUUGUUAAAAUGAGGAUUGUGAAUAAAUGGAAAUUUCAGUUCGACUGGCUAA